AUGGCUAGCCACCCCCCCAUCUCUCGACUUCAGGACGUGGCACCCUACGCGUCCAUUAUCAAGAGAUUCGAAAUCAACCGAAGUCGUGCCAAGGUCGUUCUGGACCUUGACGCGACUUUUGCGAGAGGAUCGUUGUCGAAAGUCUUUGUUGGCACCAUCUACGUUAAUGGCCAGGCGCCAUCCAAGGUGGUCGCCAAGUUCCUGCAUGCUGGUCCAGAGUAUCCACAGUCCCAGCUGUUCUUGGCUAGCGAAGUAUCCACGGUUAGCCAUCUGAUCCAUCCCAACGUCGCCCGGUUUCACGGACUCUGGUGGCAAACAGAGUUCCCUGCAAGUUUUAUACACCCAGGCAUUGUCGUAGAGUUCGUCGACUACGAUUUGUUGGAGUACACCAAGGCCCGUCCGGGAGAAAGGAUACGCGUUUUGAGGGGCGGGGUGCUUGCUCUUCAGUACAUCCAUCAGCAAGGCAUCACACACGGAGAUGUCCACCCGGGAAACAUCCGUGUAGAUGCCAAAGGAAACGCCAAAGUGAUCGACUUUGGCUUGGCCCAGAUUCAAAAUAUGGGCGGCUUUCCAAGGAUCGACGGAGGGCGCAACCCGCGUUACUGCGCACCUGAGAUUUUUGGCUCCGACGAAGAGGAGGAGCCACAAUGGGGUGGCGGCUCGGAAGUGGACAUAUGGGAAGCAAAGCCGAUCGCAUCUAGUUCGGAUGUGUUCGCGUUUGGGAUGGUAUUUUUGGAGGUGAUGGCUGGGGUACCUCCGUACACCUAUGAAUAUCCUCCGAACCGGCCAUACCAUGAGCUGUGCUUCGCUGUGGCGAGAGGGGAGAGGCCACGGUUGGAGCGGUAUGCUGGUCUCAGUAACCGGCAGAAGGGGGCCUUGCAGAGGAUGUGGGAGCAGGAUCCGAGUGCAAGGCCGACAAUGAGCCAGGUUGUCGAUAUGGAUUCUCCCCUUUGGUCAUGA